AUGACAGAGUAUUCUGUGCUCUUGGUUUCACGAUUGGACCCGUUGAGGUAUCUAUUUGACAAGCCUGUUUUGACCGGUAGGCUCAUGAGAUGGCUGGUAUUGUUGACAGAGUUUGAUAUUCAUUAUGUCACGCAGAAGUCAGUAAAGAGAAGCAUUGUUGCAAAUCAUCUAGCUUCUUUGCUGAUAUCCGAUGACCGAUCAGUUGAUGAUGAUUUCCCUAAUGAGCAGAUUAUUUCAAUGACUAGUAUUACGGGGUGGCGGUUGUACUUUGAUGGUACCGCCAAUCAGUCGGGGUUUGGCAUUGGUUUGGAGACUGUACUUGAUCUUGGCAUUAGACAGUUGGAGAUCCACGGGGAUUCCAACUUGGUUAUAAAGUAUAUACAUUUGCCCAGGGCGGAGAAUCAGUUUGCCGAUGCAUUAGCCACCUUGGCUUCUCUGAUUGUGAUCCCUACGGGGUUUCUGUCAUGCGGCGCUUACCCAGAGUCAGCCUCAGCCAAGGAUAGGAGAGCAUUGAGACAGUUGGCCACCAGAUUUGUUGUUUGCGGGGAUGCGCUGUACAGGAAAUCACUUGAUGGCUUGUUAUUAUUAUGUUUAGACCGUGCAUCUGCAGAUCGAGUGAUGAAAGAGGUUCAUGUAGGGGUCUGUGGCCCACACAUGGGAGGUCAUAUGCUAGCACGUAAGAUCAUGAGGACUGGCUACUUUUGGUUGACCAUGGAGAUAGAUUAUUGCCAGUUUGUACAGAGAUUAUUGAGUAUUGAUAUUAUUGGGAAGAUCUCGCCCAAGUCUUCCAGUGGGCAUGAGUACAUUUUGCUUGCCAUUGACUAUUUCACCAAGUGGGUGGAAGCUACUUCUUAUGCUAGGUUGACAGCGGCCAGAGUGGCCAAGUUCAUCAGAUCGCAUAUUAUCUGCCGAUACGGGGUCCCUCAUGAGCUGAUCUCAGACAGAGGGGUGCAUUUCAAGGGCGAGGUGGACACGUUUAUUCAAGAGUAUGGCAUUCAACAUCACAGAUCGUCUGCAUACAGGCCGUAG